GAGCAAUUCGUGGACUUAGAUAUAUCAAGAUUAAUAACGGAUCUAGCAAACUUUGUACUGAAGAGUAUUAUGUACCAGUAUCUCUUCGAUACUACAUGAUUGAAGACAUUGAAACUCUUUAUGAUGAAUUCAUAGCCUUUGUCCUCCAAAAUAAAGAUAAAGAUUUUAUUGCAUCAUGGGAAUUGGAUAAACAAAUGAAAGGUGACAUUUAUAUGGAAGAAAUGCUCAAAUAUUUAAAAGCGCAAUCGCGCAUCAAAUCAGCUAUUUUACGUAAUAAGAUCAAAUUGAGAAAUUUGGUGGAUUCUUUGAUGGAAGAAAGAUCGAUUGAUAACAAUCGCCCAAAAUAUAAACGGAAGAUUUUAUAUAAAUGUCUUAGGGCAAAAUGUGCGUUUUCAACCCCUGAUCAAUCGCUUUUGAGUGAGAAAGAUUUCAAAAUUAUGAGAGAAUAUUUAGUUGCGAAGUAUCCAGAAAUCAAGAAAAAGUAUAAUGAGCGUAAUAGGAAAGGUGAAAAAAUUCGUGAGGAUAAGAAU